UAUCGUUCGGGGGGAAAUGGACCCAGUUGUUCGUAGCAGGCCGUUGACGCGCAACCUCGCUCCGUUCGUUCCCAUCUUCGGUUCACCGCUGCCGGUGAUCAAUCCGCGCGCGUUUCCUCGCAGAGUGCGUUCAGAGUCGACGAGUGUGCUGGCUUCCACCAUUUCGAUGAACGGCUGCCGACGCGCAGCCAUACGAGAGAAAUCGAGCCGCCAAGCUGCCCAAGGCAAAGUCGAUGAGGAAUCCAUGUUGAAGACGGAUUACCGGUGCUCUGGCGAUCUGGUGAACCUUUGGCAAAAAUUUCCUGCGGCGUCGCUAGGAGGAGGACAAGGAGGUUCGAAUUGCUCCGUGUUUUCGGAGGCUGGAAUCGUUAGCUCGUGCGAAGAUGGAGGAUCGACACGAGAGGCCGUUCUCGCGGACGCAGCCGAGCAGAGGCUCGAUCCGAUCGCAAACCGGCCGAAUAACGGAUAACCAGCGUCAACUUGGUGCCGCCGCGUCCAGAGCUGCUGGCAAGCAAAGCAACAGCGGCGGCGGAGGAAGGUACGUGGCGCCUCACACCCCCAUGGAGAAUCUGAAGCAAUGGGAGUUGGUAGAGUGCGAUCGCGGCCUGAGAGUGGUGGAAAAGGCCGGUGGUUCGACGAGGGGUGUAGUAGAACGAUCCACAACCCCCGUCGUUCUCAACAGAAGAACCACUCUACCGGCCAACGUCCCGAUCGACGUGAAUCUAGAGGAGACCUUGAAGGCUUUCAAAAACUCCAAGAUCAUUCAGCCGAUUAUCGAAAGUGAACAACGCGACGACCCCGCGACCAUCGCGUUUAAUCUCGCUCUGAUCCGGAACCAGCAAAAAGGUACCGCGGCAGAGAGCACGGAUAUGCUUCAACGAUUGGAGCAGCAGGUCAAGGCCAUCGAAAUGGACACUCUCGUAGCUAGAACGCGUCUGCGUCAGUUGGAGUUCAGCUCGGAUUUCGAGUCGGAUAUUCAAUACAGGGAGCUUCGAUAUAGGGAACACGAGGAUCUACUUGGAAACGUGACGGAUGACGAGGCAGAGGGGGCCUCUCCGUUGCACCGAGGAGACGCAACGAGGAACUCUACUGGAAACGCAGGCGUCACGACGAAAAAACCCUCGACCAAGUUAUCGAGGACAGCCUCGGACACGAGGCGAGGGCAGGAAGCGGAAAUACCUCUCCGCGCGCAAGCUAGAAUUCAGGCGCGCCUGAACGCACGGCCCGUCAUCACGAAGAAAGAUCAUCGGCAUCAGCAGCAGCAGCAACAGCAACAGCAACAGCGACAGAACAACACGGUUAGUGGCGGCGGCGGCGGCGGCACGCUCAGGCCAUUGUCAGACAUCAUGCAGAAGAAUGGUCAAAAUGAGAAGGAGGCAGGGGAUGGCGUGGGAGUGUCGAGUAGCGGUGGUCGACUCUCUUCCCGGAGUCGGACCUCGGAGGAGCCCCACAUCGGCAAGUACAAACUACUCAAAACGAUUGGCAAGGGUAACUUUGCCAAGGUAAAACUUGCCAAGCACGUACCUACCGGGAAAGAAGUGGCUAUCAAAAUUAUCGACAAAACUCAACUGAAUCCCGGUAGCCUUCAAAAGUUGUUCCGGGAAGUAAGGAUAAUGAAGAUGCUCGAUCAUCCGAACAUAGUGAAGCUUUUCCAAGUGAUCGAGACAGAAAAGACACUGUACCUGGUAAUGGAGUAUGCUAGCGGGGGCGAAGUGUUCGACUAUCUGGUUCUACACGGUCGAAUGAAGGAGAAGGAGGCCAGAGCGAAAUUCAGGCAGAUCGUCUCUGCCGUACAAUACUGCCAUCAAAAGAAGAUCAUUCACAGGGACUUGAAGGCGGAGAAUUUGUUGCUCGACAGCGAGAUGAACAUCAAGAUCGCCGACUUUGGUUUCAGCAACGAAUUCACGCCGGGCAACAAACUGGACACCUUCUGCGGAUCACCGCCUUACGCAGCGCCCGAACUUUUUCAGGGGAAAAAGUACGACGGACCGGAGGUAGACGUCUGGUCGUUGGGAGUAAUAUUGUAUACUUUAGUGUCUGGCUCGCUGCCCUUCGACGGUUCGACGCUGAGGGAGCUGAGGGAACGAGUACUCAGAGGAAAAUAUCGGAUUCCGUUUUACAUGUCCACAGACUGCGAGAACCUCUUGAAAAAGUUCUUGGUGCUCAACCCGACGAAACGGGCCUCCCUAGAGACUAUCAUGAAAGACAAAUGGAUGAAUAUGGGAUACGACGAAGACGAACUAAAACCCUACUUAGAACCUGAACCUGAUUAUAAAGACCACAAGAGGAUAGGUGAGUCUGCCAAGGCCCUGGCUAGUAUGGGGUACACGAGAAGCGAAAUAGAGGAUUCCUUAGGACAAGCAAAGUACGAUGACGUGUUCGCCACGUACUUACUCUUAGGAAGAAAGACAACCGAUUGUGAAUCGGACGGCUCGCGGUCAGGCAGUUCAUUGUCGCUGCGCAACAUUCCACCGCAAGCUAGUUCGGGCGGCGGCGGCGGAGGCGGCGGCGGUGGAGGAGGAGGCGGAGGAAGCGGAGGAGGCACGGGUGGCGCCGUGCAGAGUCCUUCGCACAGAGGUGUUCACAGAAGUAUUUCCGCUAGCAAUCCAAAACCAAGUAGACGAGUUUCGUCCGGUCUUGAAACGCUUAGAGGAGCACCGAGCCCAGGAAACGCAACGAACCAUAAUCACGCGACUGCUACGACUGGCGGAACAGUGACUGGAAGCAGCGGUAGUAAUUUUAAGCGACAAAAUACCGUGGACGCGGCCACGAUCAAGGAGAACAGUGCUCGUGUUUCCGCGAGCCGACCUUCCGCACCCAAAAACAGCCCUGGCCAAUUAGAUACUAUGACAAUGUUCAUUCUAGGCGUGGGUACAAGUCCCGGUGGUAGGGCAUGGGCAGGCAAGAGCAACACGAUGAAUGCAGGGGUAGGUGGUGGUCGGCCUCUCACCUCACCUGCCCCUGGUUCUGUUGGUCGACGUAGUACCAUCUCCUAUGAUCAAGCGAAAACGUCCUCCUCGUCUACCGAAAGAACCAACGACGCACCCAGCCUUGGCGAGGGCACUAGACCAACGCGGGGUCACACCAAGUCUGCGAGCAUCAGCGCAGGUCACCGUUCCUCAAGUGGCGUACCCCCCAGCGACCAUUCACUACUGGACCCUCAACCACGCAACGCCCACAACUCCUUACUCGCCACUGCUGACCCUCUUAGACAGAGCUUGGGUGUGUCUCCAAGCAAUAGACUGGCAACACCUACAACACCAGCAUUUCCUCGAAAUGUUCCAAAUCGUAGUACGUUCCAUUCUGGCCAGAAUAGGGCUCAGCGAAAUCAUACUCAGGGCCACACGCAUACACAGGACACAAAUGCAAUUAGCCCACUAGCGCGGCCGUCCUUCUUCUCCAAGUUAUCCUCGAGGUUCUCCAAACGGACAUGAACCGAUUAAAGCUUGGCUUCGCUCGAGUCUCGUCAAACGAAGGCCGUAGAGGCGCGCGAACACUUAACGACCGAUGCGCGCGAUCCGCCUAUGGAAGAAUCCUAGAAACGGCCAACGAUCCACGGAUAUCGGGAUGCGUUGGAGAAACGAACGAAACGAAAUGGAAAGGAGAGAAAAGAUACGGGGGAACGAAGGAAAAGGAAAAGGAAAAGAUUGAGAACGCGGUUUCACACUCUGUUGUUAUUCUGUGGUGUAUCGUCGAGCUUGAGAACUGAAAAGGAACUUGCUGUUGUUGUUGCUGUUCGUUUCGAGAGAGAAAAAAACGCGCGGUUCUAGUAACGAUCCUUCGGAACGCAAAGUGUCUUCCCGACGCGCGACAACAUACGGACAAACCGCCGCCACCGCCUUAUCCUCUUACAAUUAGACGUAGGGUUUGAGAGAAUCGUCGUGCCUUUCCUAAUUCAGCCUGCCAGCUAUAGCGAACGUGCACACUUAUGCCGCUCAUCUUCUAAAGACAUACCUAAUCUCUUUAUAUUUUUAUACGUGUAUCCAUCGUGACGUGUAGCAGUAGGUCGGCUUCGUUUUUCCUUCCUUCGUCCUAGGAUAUAUAUUAUUACCGUAUAACGAACGUCGACCGUUCGUCGUUCCGCGGUUCGUGAAAUACGAAGCGACAUAUUCUAGCUUAUCAUAGAUACCUCUCUCGACCUCAACGUAUAAUUCCUAGACCCUUUGAACGUUUUUCAACGAAAACGCAAAUCCCGUUCGCAAAUCGCGUUACGAUGCACUCGUUCGUUCCACCGCUUGUCUCUGUGACUCCUUCCUCUCUCUCUCUCUCUC